UUACUAUUAUUUAUUAACAGUUUAAUCCUGCUGGUUAUUGGCUUAAAAACUAACCUCUCUGAAGUAGAAUAAAGUUAAAACAAGAGCAGAAGAAGAAGAAUCAUUUCAUGUAAAAACAGCAGCCGCCCAAAUCUCUCUGUGCGACACGACUUCUCUAAAAGCCCUAACUAACUAAUUCCAAGGAAAGGAAAUGGCGGAUACGCCAUCGAGCCCCGGCGGCGGAGAAAGCGGCGGUUCGGUUAGGGAGCAGGACCGGUACCUACCGAUAGCUAACAUAAGCAGGAUCAUGAAGAGAGCUUUGCCUCCCAACGGAAAGAUCGGUAAAGAUGCUAAAGACACUGUCCAAGAAUGCGUCUCUGAGUUCAUCAGCUUCGUCACCAGCGAGGCCAGUGAUAGGUGUCAGAAAGAGAAAAGGAAAACUGUGAAUGGUGAGGAUUUGUUGUGGGCAAUGACAACGUUAGGAUUUGAGGAUUACUUGGAACCCUUAAAGCUAUACCUUGCGAGGUACAGGGAGGUAAGCUUCGUAUACUCCUUUUCUGCUUUUAAGCUCUCUUGCUAACGCGAGACUGAUUCGGUCUUCUUUUCAUUUUCCAUGUGUAUGUAUGGUUGGUUGCUGAAACAAUCCUUUGCUGAUUUGCAGUUGGAGGGGGAUAAUAAGGGCUCAGGAAAGAGCGGGGAGAGUAACAAUAGAGAUGCAGCUGGGGGUGGUUCCGGUGAAGAUUUGCCGAGCUGGUGAGGCGAAAAGUUUCAAGUGAACUCUUUAGAAAUAAAGAACAACACCAACAUGAUCAAGGGAUAGUAGAGAUCAGUGUUGUUGUCUUACAUUUGAGCUGAUGGUCGAAUUUCGGUUAUGUGAUAAUUUGAGAAUUUUGGUUAUCUGUUUCCGGUUUAGUUGGUUGUAGUUGAAGAUAUGAGAAGUAUUUGAAAGUAGAAAAAUUUUCUCCAAAAAGCAUCUAUCAUCUCUUUAACUUCGUUUUAUGGAUUUCAAAAACUGAAGGUUAACGGACAAGAUCUCAUGACCGACUGUUACAACUAGUAUUAUGUUUUUUUUUUUC